CAACCGCGGAGCGUGUGCUGCCAAUCGCGAGCGCUUCUCUCCGGCGUAGUUUCACCAUAGAGACGUGACGCCAUCUUGAAGCGAGCGGCAUCGCGUCCAUGAAUCUGAGCGGACGGCGGAGCUAUGAGCGAACGCAAACCUCGCACGGAAACGUCUGCCAGCGCCCAUGGGCCCGACGCUGAGCCGGGGUCCGCUGCGGGCGGCAGAGAGCGCAGACCCGGGGGAGGCGUCAUGAAGAGGCUGAAGCCGCGGCGAAGUCAGCCGGAGAGGCGGCCCGUUACGGAGGACGAGCUGAGGGGGCUGGGGCGAGACAUCACUCCGGACGAAGUUCUGGGUCUGCGCUCCGUCACCCGCGAUUACCUCUGUAAACCUGAGGACAAUGUGUUUAAUAUCGAUUUCACACGUUUCAAGAUAAGAGACAUGGAGACCGGGACGGUGCUCUUUGAGAUAGCCAAACCACCGAACAGCGAUCCACUGGAGGAGGAGGAUAUGAACGGGGGAUCCGAUUCCAACGCGGGACGCUUCGUCCGAUACCAGUUCACUGCUGCCUUCUUGAGACUGCGCACUGUGGGUGCCACGGUUGAGUUCACUGUGGGAGAUCGGCCCAUCAGCGGCUUCCGCAUGAUCGAGAGGCACUACUUCAGAGACCAGCUUCUCAAGAGCUUCGACUUCGACUUCGGCUUCUGUAUCCCCAACAGCCGGAACAGCUGCGAGCACAUCUACGAGUUCCCGCAGCUCCCAGACGAGCUCAUUCGUCAGAUGGUGGAGAACCCUUACGAGACCAGGUCAGACAGCUUCUAUUUCGUGGACAACAAGCUCAUCAUGCACAACAAGGCGGACUACGCUUAUAACGGUGGGCAGUAGCUGGCAGCGCGGCCCCUCGGCGCGCGCCACUGCGUUCCAUCAGCCCUGAGCCUCCCCCUCCCCCCCCAAUAUGCCUUAUAACUCCCAGUAAGGCUUCAGCCUUCCCAUGUCGGUUGGUCAUGGUGUCUCUCUCUUUAAAUGCAUGUUCCUUGUAUCCUUGUUGGUUUAUACAAACCUACAACUCUAUAACUACAAAACUACAGCUCUAUAGCUGUCAUGGGGAACUUCAGAAGUGUCCCAUUGUUGUUUUUCAUCCCACAUGGCUUAAUUUCACUGGGACGCCCACCAGCUGCCUGAAAGGGGCGUUGAGCCUCUUUCAUUGUAACCCCAUUUACAGUUCAUUUUGUUGCUCCUCUGGUUAGAUGGUUUGAAGCCAAUGGGCAGGGUCCUGCUGGUUCCAGCACCCUCCCGACCAACCUGAGCAGUCACUCAGUAAUUAUACCGGAUGGAAGCUCUCAUGACACUCUUCAACGUGAGGGCUGGGCUUCUGCACCAGGCUGCGUACUCAGAUGGGGCUCACCGGUUCCAGAACGGGGGGGCAUUUAUGUUUCUGUCCGAAGCCCUGAGAGUCAGCACAUGCUUCAUGCUUCAGGUUCACAGUUUACAUGGGAAUGAACUGACUGAAGGCUGCCCCCUUUUUAUUGUUGACAUUGCAGUAGCAUAGUGCAAAAGCAGCUCCCUGCCGCAGGGAUUGGGUCGCGCUGAGUACAGGCAACACAUUGUUCUUCAGGAGCGACAGCAUGGUCUGCGUACCUCGAGGAUCCCCUGCUGCCGCCCCACGUGUCUUAGUGCUGUCACAGACGAUCAUUCUGAUUGAACUGAGAUGUCUGUAAUUUGGCGAUCCUGCAUCUUUACAAUCUGCAGUUCCAUGAAAUGGGAAUUACCAGGCGAAUAUACUUCAGCACUCCUUGCUUCCUGUGUCUGAUACAUUGCUCUCAAGUCUUUUAUACUGGUUUUUGUAAGACUCCAAUCCUUCCAACAACAGGCGGAAAUAUUACUGUGGCGACAAUAGUGAGAUCACUGGGCCGGUCACACCUUUUUAUCACCUAAUAAGAGCACAAUGUCCGUGUCUUUCCUGUCUGCUUAUGAUGUUAAGAACACAGACUGCUGGUAAAUAAUAUUCCUCUGUGUGCUUUUGUAGGGGGGUGCUUGCCAAUUGAGAACUUUUUUAAUUAGCCUUUUCAAUGGGGGAAACUGUGGUGCUGAAAGAGGAUCCAAAUGGUCGCCCCCGCUUCAGAUGCUGUCAGAUUGGUGUAUAGAUGUUUGUUUCUUGUCUUGGACAGUUAGGUUUUCAUAACUGUCACGGACAUCCAUCAUUGUAGGGACUUAACAUCUUUCUGACCUGAUGCUGUGUAUAAUUCCUAUCACUCUCCAUCCAUUCAUCCAUCCAUCUCUCAGCCACUAAUCUUGCACAUGGCCUCUCACUGCACAAAGAAAUCCGAUUCCAAAUAACAUAAAAGUUGUCGCCGCAGUUAAAAUCACAGACACACACUUUCCACGAUCAUUGCACUGUGCAGGAUGUAGUCGGAGAGCCUCAAGCGUGCUCGUCUUGCUGUGUCAUGCACAAGGAUCCUUUUGUCAUGUCCAACUGUUGGCAUCAGUCCUGAGGACAUCCGUUUCCAUCAAACAUACAUUUACACACAUACAUUUGAUGUCAAAUGCAAGCUGCAGGAAGACACCCAACUGAAUUUUAAUUAAGCAUGAGAACUUUAUUAGUCCUUACUUAUGGACAUGGGAAUGUGACCAUGGAGCAGUGAUGAAAAGGCUAAUGAGUUACUUGUUGAGUGACAGAGUACUAGGGCCACAGAAUUUCAUGACUGAUACCCAGCAUGCACUGCUGCUGCAGGUCAGUGGGUGGUCUCACUUGCGUGCUUAUGCAGAGAGGCUACACUGGCAGGCGCAAUAGGGGGCAACCUGCACAAAGCGCAGCACAGCACCUUUCUUGGGUUGGUUAGAAAACACAAGUGUCACUGCUGUGGAAAGCUUAGCCCUGAAAGGGUGAAGCAGGAAUCCUGCAGCUAAGCACGCUGGGAAUGUGUGGGCCGGCGUCUCGCACCACGUGGGCAGAAGCUGCAUUCCGUUUCAGCCAGUCGUGCUAGUUCAGCUUGUCUCUGCAUCACCGGGGAAGACCUGUUCAUAUUUAACACUUAAAAGCUGCAGAUGUCUGUGCUUUAAGUUAAUAUGAUCCAUUAACUUGUUCUUGUUUGUUUAUGCAAUGAAACCAAAUACAAAUCUGACAUAAGUACCAUUUGGAUUUAUCUUUUAAAUUGUGAAUUAUUUUGGGUUAGGUCAUUUAAAAUGGGUUCCUGUGUUCUUAAGUCAAAAUAAGUAAGUUAAAGUGCUUAAUCAUUUAACAAAAACUUAUGCUUGUUGAAACACAUUGCUGAAGAAUCUUUCAUGACUCUCAACAUUUACAAAUGGAUUACAAAUCAGAAGGUCGCCAGUUCGUACCCAGCUUCGGCACAGCCGUAGGUCCUUCAGCAAGGCCCUUAGCCCCCAGCUCCCUGGGCGCCGCAUCAGGUGGCUGCCCUUCACGGGCAGCUUACUCUACAAAGAGCAAGUUGGAAGAGGUGUAAAGACAAUUUCCCCACGGGGAUCAAUAAAGUAUCAUUAAUAAUAAUAUUAAUGGGGAGACUGAGCCAGACUGAUGGAGAUCCAAGCACACAGGACUUUGGAGGUGUCCCUCAGAGCUUGGGCUGGGAAGCCUGGCUGGCCUUUGUAUAGACCUGGAAUUUCUAAUAAAAUAAAAUCUUGAGAUUGUUAAAUGCAGUUAUGGCUUGCACACAACAUGUGUAUUUAUACCUCAAAAAUAUUAUCAAAUCCUUUUAUGUGUUUUGGAAGGACCAAAUUUCCCACAGCUGAAAACAAUAAGCUUUACUACUGGCAAAGAUAUUACACAGCCAAUAUUACUACUAGGCUGAAAAAGCAGAUUUUAUCUGAAGGCUUCACGAUUGAUCAAGUCAAAGACGUCAUUAGUUUGGUUAUCAGAAAGUAAUACGAAAAUAAAACAUCGAGUUGUCAGAUACAGUGCUCACAGAAAGUCCUGGUCCGCUUGUUUGAUUCAGUAAAAACUUGCAAACGUACUUUUAUGACAAAUAUCGCUACUUUAUUUGUUUGCAAAAAAUGUGAAUCAUUAGAAACAACCAAUCGUUUUAAGCUAAACAUUAAUUUCAAGUAGUAAUAAAUUGAAACCCAAAUUGUAGUUCUAAAUGAGCUGUUCUGAGUUUAAAAGUUAAUUGACAAUCAGUUUUAAUUAGUAACACCUUCACAAUAACAUAAAACACCAAAUUUGUGUUUAGUAUCCCUUUGGGAGCCAGUGACCACCACUGCAAUUAAUAUCAAAAUGGCAGGAACUUAACAGUCUAAAAACUGACUUAAACUGAUAUGUUAACUCCAUUGACAAGCAAUGUCUUUCUUGUGAAACUAAUAAAUUUGUGCUAUUUUUACAGUGUUAAGCAAAUGUCCUAAGACUUUCCGUGAACAUUGUAGCUAACAAUUUAUCACAGCCAGGUGAUGGUGGAAUGCUGUGGUACUGAUCUUGAGCAGAUGGCUUUAUAUGAGAUGUAAAGUCAAUUACAGAACAAGCACCUUAUGAUGAAUGACGUUCGCAAAUGUUCUGUGCUUACGCUGCUAAUGUUGUUUUGUAUUCUUUUUCUCUAAAUUGGAAUUGUUAGUUAUUGAGGACCAUUUUAUUUGGUUUGUACCGUGACCAUCUGGGUUUCAGAGGGAACUAGCUUUUAUUAGAUCUUCGGGACGUAGAUUUUUAUCUCAGUAAUUGUCAUUUUAAGUCUCAGAAGAGGCAGAGUGUUUCACUCGUGUUAUCAGGGAACCUGGUAAAUUUACCAUGUUAGUUGUCUAAUGGACAAGUACUGAAUUACUAUAUGAAACAGAUUUAAAAAAUAUCUGUAUUUUUGACACUUCGCCUAUGGAUGGCAUUCGUGGAUUGUUGACGUUUCUACCAAAUGUUACACAAGAAAAAUAAAUAAUGUUUGAUUUUCACAA